GUCGCGUCGGCGGCGUGGGCGGAGCGCGACGACGGCGCUCUCUGAGGAGGCCCGGUUUACCCCGCGAUUCUGAGCGGCGCUGAGCUCGGGCUGUGGCGGCUGGCUGUGGGUGCCGGCGGCAGAGGAGGAGAGCAGUGGGCGGCCUCGGCGCUCCCCUUGGCGGGGUCGGCGGGAGGAUGAGUGCGGCCCGAGAGUCUCACCCGCACGGGGUGAAGCGCUCAGCCUCCCCUGACGACGAUAUUGGAUCUAGCAACUGGGAGGCAGCUGACCUUGGCAAUGAAGAGAGAAAACAAAAGUUCUUAAGACUAAUGGGAGCUGGAAAAAAAGAACACACUGGCCGUCUUGUAAUAGGAGAUCAUAGGUCAACAUCUCACUUCAGAACAGGGGAAGAAGAUAAGAAAAUGAAUGAAGAACUGGAGUCACAGUAUCAGCAGAGUAUGGACAGUAAAUUAUCAGGGAGAUAUCGGCGACAUUGUGGACUUGGCUUCAGUGAGUUAGAGGAUCCCGAUGGAGAAGGUGAUGCUGCUGGAAACGAUGACGAUGACGACGAUGAUGAUUCACCUGACCCCGAAAGUCCAGAGGACUCUGAAAGUGAUUCAGAGUCUGAGAAGGAGGAAUCUGCCGAAGAACUACAAGCUACUGAACAGCCAGAGGAAGUGGAGGACCCCAAAGCUAAGAAGGAUGCAAAGAGCAAUUACAAAAUGAUGUUUGUUAAAUCCAGUGGUUCAUAACUCCGAAUGUGUGAUUAGUCUUUGUAUUCAAAGUAAGCCUUAUGGUUAUAAUGCACAGUGGAGGACUGCUUCUAUAGCACAGACCUUUGUAUUAUAAUUUUAAAAAAAGGCCCUUCUUUUAAAUAAUUACAAAGAGUGUUUGCUUUCAGAUGCCAUGGAUUACAAUUUUAUGGGCAUGAUUAUAUCCAUUUUUGUAAAAUAUAAGAGUUGCAUUGUACAAAAGACAAAUAAAUAUGAUUCCCAGCUUCCUUUCACAUUAUCAUCAUCCACCCUCUAACUACUCUUCUCCUUCCCCCUCCCCUCCCCACUUUUUUUUAGUCCCUUCUAAUGAAAUUAUGUGGGGAACAUUGUUGAAACUUAGUACUAUUUUGUGUGUUUUUUUGAUAGCUGUAUGUUCCUUUCUUUCCUUUUUUUUUUUUUUUUGGUCCCUAAUGUUUUCUCUUAUAAAGUUAAUUUGAUAAUGUGAUGGUGCGUUUAUGAGAAAAAUACCUCUUUAAUUAUAAUACUUUGAUGUAGUAGAAACUGUUCAUCAUGGAAAUUUCUCCUGGCAUUGAUAUAUUAUAAUUAUUAUUAGCUGGCAAAAAGAAUGGGUCUUUAGUUUAUUGUUAUUUUUCUAGCUCUACUCUUGGGCCCAAAAAAAUCGUGGCAGUAGAUACUAUUAGGAUGGGAUAACAUUGUGCUAGCUUCAUUGAAGAAUUUGGGGUUUUGUUUUUUAAAUAUAAGUUAACAGUCCUUUACAAGAAGUUGGCCCAAAAUACAAUGUAUUGUAUAAUGUAACACAUUUUGCAGUAGUAAAUUAUAUGAGACAGAAUUAAGUGGAUCAGGGAAACAAAAUUAAUUUCUUUUAAAAUUAAAUUGGUUGAUUAUUUUAAAGUCACAGGAGGAAAAGAUGUUUCCACUAUUUUCUUAUCAUCCCUCCAUUGUCAUUCUCUAAAACUUAAAGCAUCUCGGAGAAUUUGAUAAAGCUUUACCACACAAGAGACUAAAACAGUGUGUCCUCUUCCACUUCUAUUAUGUGGACUGUUGUGUUGGGUUUUGUUUUAUUUUUUAUAAGUUCCUUUCUUCUCUUGUGAGGUUAGAAUACCCUAAUUUAGAAAUAAUAGUUUAUAUUUUUCACGCUUUACAAUUAAGAAGUACUUUGACAUGACCUCAUUUGCUUCUUGAAAUGACCUGGUAAGAUAGGUAAUGUAAAUAUUUUACAGCUGGGGAAACAAGCCUAGCAGAGUGCUUUUUCCUCUCUUGGAGUUAAUGGUAGAGUUGGAACUUGGUCCGUAGCUUUCUGUUUCUCCCUGUUGGCUACUGACCAUAACCAGUAAAUGAGAGGUCAGUCAGUAUAAUGUGAAAGUAGCUAAAAUAAAGUUAUUUAAUUGGCUAUUUUCAUAACAGGAUUUUGGCCUUUUUUUAAAAGUUUUGACUGAAAUUUUAACUUAAUCCAGUUGAGAUGAUACUUAUAUUUAUGAGUUGAUGUGAACAACCCCUUCCCUCCCCCCAGAAGUCAUUUUGUGGCCAAUCAUAUGCUUGGUGGCUGGAUAACAGGAGCCACCCUUGAGACCAUUGUAGUAGUACCUAAGAAGCUUUCCAUCCACCGAGACAACCUUUUGACAAUCACAUCCACAUUAAAGUAAGCAAUCUUUGGCUAGUAUGAUCUUAAAGCCAGGCCUGCUGGCAGUGAGAUAGCAGCUCCUAAUGGAAAAAAAAAAAAUGGGGGCUUUAGUGAACUGUAAGCCUAGAAUGGGAUAGAACCUCAGGCUGCUGGCUAGCCUCCAAAAUAAGGGAGGUUGUAAUCCCACUUGUACUCCAGGUCAGAACACAUCUAGAGUAUUGUGUCCAAUUCUCCAUGCUGAAUUUCGAGGAAGGUUGGACAGGUGUCUCUAAAGGGAGAGAAGGCUUCAUUUUCAAGUGGAGGGCUUGAAGACGAAUAAUGGGAUGCUGUGUAGGAGGAUUUAACUUGAUGUGGCAUCAGUAGACUGAACCAGCUUCCUUUGUGUUUUGAACCACUCUGGCAGUCUAGUGAAGCCUUAUGAAACCCAUUCUAUUGAGUUAAAAUAUUAAAUUCAGACCUUGUGGUAAGAAUUAUGGCUACCUGCCUUCAGGGAGCUUGUGCUCCAUUAAGAGGGGUGAGGGGCAUGGAAGUGAUCCAGGAGGAAACACCAGCCAGGGGGCAUAAGAACGCAUAAAGUCAAGAUCCUAAGGAGCAAGGUGCAGUUACUGCAAAGGGUUUCUGGAGCCUAGGCUUGGACAUAUGAAUUGUAGAGAAUCCAUGAAGCUUCUUACCAAGAGAGUCCCAGACUAGGCUGCUUCCCUUAAAUCCUUGUGGGGGCUGGCUUCCAAACCUGUGGAGCCACAGCCUGGCAUUAAGCAUCCUGUGUCCUUAUUGUCUUCAUCUUGGAAGGAAAUUGAGGGAAGGAAUGAGUCGGGCCAUGGGACUAAUAGAGAUGUUAGAACAGAUGGGGACAGGACAAGAAAAAAAUGGGACCAAAACCAAGAGCAGGUACCUCUCCCAAUCAAGUAAUCAUUUCCCUUCCUACAGUGGAAGGAGCACUGGCUCUGGAGUCAGAGGACCUGGAUUCAAAUCCCACCUCUGACACUUGUGUGACUGACUCCCUGGGCCUGAGCUAGAUUGCAUUGUCCCAGCUCUAGAGCUCUGAUCCUGUGAUUGAUCCUUUCAUCAAUAGUGGCCAAACAGACCUGAAGUGCCAAAGAUUGAAGGGUGAAAGUAAGUUACUUGAUUCAGUGAACUUUUAAGUUUUGUCUGUGUGCCAAGCAGAAAGGUCGUUGGGCCUUAGAGUCAGGGACACCUCGGUUUGAGUCUAGACAGAUAAAAUUGCUGGCCUACAUUGAUAGAAGGAAUUGCCUCAUCCAGAAAUUCUCUGUCAAUGAAACCACAGCUCCAGUCCCUUAUCCUUAUGCUUCAAGCACUGUUAGGCAGUGAGAAUACAAAGAUGAAAUUAGUAUACUCUGAAGGUUCAUGUAGCAUAUCACCCUUCUGAAACUUAGCUUUCCAUUUACCGUCAAGGCCCCACAAAACCGGGGUUCUCUUGCUGUAGAUGUAUACCAUGUCUGUGGAAAGAAUGGUUACAAAGUACAAGAACAUGUUCCUUAGAUGUCCUUUAGGGGCUAAUGGUAGAGAUGAAGUUUGUGGACAUUGGAGGGAUAUUUAGCCAGAAUCUAUAGCUGGAGUAACUACUGUGCUCUUUCAGAUGAAUUAAAGAAUCUCAAUCUAGUUGUACCUAC